AUCGUCUCCCCCAGUGCCCCAUCGCCUCAUUCCUCUCGUCACUCGCUCCUCUACUAAUUCCUCCCCUCACUUACCUCUUCUCGCCAUCGUUCGCCACGGUGUUGUCGUCAGACAUCUCCCCCAUGGCCCCAUCCUCUCCCUUCCUCUCGUCACUCCGGGGUUGUUUGUGUCGACUCAAAACACACCUUUUGAGUCGACUCGAGACACAUCAUUCGCCACGGUAGGGGUGGCGGAACGGGCGGAGCUUGAGGCGGAAACUCCUCACUGGGAUAGCCGUGGGUUUCAAGAUCCUCCUUUUCUGUGUUUCCCCCGUUUCCCCCUCUACCAGGCAGCGGUGGCGGAGCAGGCGGAGCUUGAGCGCGGAAACGCGGCCAUUGCCGCCGCUGCCCCACUGCAGCCGCCGUCAUUGACGAUUGAGUCGACUCAGAAGUCAUCUAGAAGCGCCAAUCCUGCCGACGCCUUCUCUCCACAACCGCCCCGCUUUCGUGCACUGAAUCCUGGGACAAAUCCCUCAAUAGCUGUCUCCUGCAUGCUGGCACGUGAGCGAGCGCGACGAGCGGAAGCUUCCAGGAAACGAGAGGAAGCAGAGGGGCGGCGGGAAAAGGCGGAGCGCGCCCUGAGGGAGUUUCAACGGCAGGUGGGAGUUUCGGAGCUGGCUUUAAAGGUUAAGGCGGAAAACCAGUGGGAGGAUCAGCUUUUGAGGGAGAUUUGCUCGGUGGAGAGAGAUGUGGAGGAGUUGAGGGGAGUGGUGAAGGAGAAAGACGGGGAACUGGAGAGGCUGAGGGUGGAAGUUUCGAGGAAAGUAGAGCUUCUGAGGCGCGUGCAUGGGCGAGCGAUGAAGAUGAGGGCGGACGCGAAGGGGACGAUCCGACGGCUGAGAUUGGAGCUGCAGACGGCGCGGGGGUUGCUGGAGAGGAGGGAGGAGAGGGUGAGGGAGAAGGGGAGGGCGUUGAGGGGAGAGAUUAGUGUGUUGGUGCAGGAACUUGAGGAGAUUAGGGGUGGGAAUGAGGCGGUGGUGUGUGUGUUAGAGGAGGCGAGGAAAGAGGUGGUGGAGGAGAGAAAGGAGAUUGAGAAGGGGAGGAGGGAGGUGGAGGAGGCUGUGAGGGAGGUGCGGAAGCUGCAGAAUGGGAAGGAUGAGGAGGAGGGGGAGAAGGAGAAGGAGAAGGAGAAGGAGGGUGAGAGGAGAGAGGAGGGAGAGGAGGGAUCCGCUAAUAGGGAAGGAGAGGAAGCUAGGGAGGGAGAGGGGAGUGGGGGGAAUGACACUAGUGGUAUGAACAAUCUGCUGCUGGUCCAGGAGGACAUGAGGAGGCGAGAGGAAGAGUUGCAACGAGAGGCGGAGCAGGUGAGAGAGUGGCUGCACGCGGAGAGGCAGCAGCGCGCCCUCCUGGAACAGCAGCUGGCGGCAUUGGAAGAACAGAUAGAGGGGUUGAAAGAGGCGCGGAGUGGUGCUGAGGCGACUCAGGAAAAGCAGCUGGCGGAUUUGGAAGAGCAGAUUGAGGGGCUGAAAGCGGCUCGGAAGGGUGCGGUUGAGCAGAUGGAGAGGGAGAGGAGAGAGUGGGUGGAGGAGAGGAAGAGGGAGAGGGUGGGGAGAGAGGAGGAGAGGGAGCGGGCGGAGAGGGAGAUGAAAGAGAGAGUGGAGGAGGAGGAGGGGAGGAGGAGGGAUGUGGAGGUGGAAGUGAGAGAGCUGAAGGAGAGGCUUGGUGGCGAGGAGGAAGAGAGGAGGAAGGCGGAGGAGGAGAGAGAGGGAGUGAGGGAGAGAGUGAGGGAGUUGGAAGCAGAGUUGGUGGGAGUGAGGGAGAGUCUUCAGAAAGUUGAGGAGGAGAGGAGGGAGGCGGAGGAGGGGAGGGUGAGAGCGGGGGAGGAGUGGAAGAGAGAGAAGGAGGAGGUAGAGAAGGGGGUGGAGGAGGAGAGGAGGAGGAGAGGGGAUGCGGAGGAGGAGGUGGUGAGGCUGAAGGAACGUGAGGUGGCAUUGUUGACUGCGUUGACUGAGGAGACUGGGAAGGUGGGAACGCUGGAGGCUGCUUUGGCGGAGCGAGAGGCGAGGAUAUCCUCGAUAGAAGCAGAGAUUCGCUACAAGGAGGUACGUGCUGGUGAGUUGGAAGCGAGGGUUAGAGAGCUGGAGGGGAGGAUUGAGGAAGGUAGGGUUGAGUUUGAGAAGGAACGGAGGAGGAUGGAAGCGGAGAGGAGAGAGGAGAAUGUGGUGAAGGAGAGGGAGAGGGAGGAAGAGAGGAAGGAGAGGGAGGAAGAGGAGAGGAGGCAAGCUGCAGAGGCGGCUGAAAGAGAGGCGGAACGAGAGGCAGAGAUGAAAGCGAAGGAAGAGGCGAUUCAAAGGCUGGAAGCAGUAGUUAUGGAGCUCAGAGAGAAGGCUUGUGAGCUAGAGAAGCAGCGAGGAGAGAAAGAGGAAAAGGUGAAGGGUUUAGAGGAGGAAGUGAGAGAGCUUGGGGAUAUGGUUGCAGUGCUGCAGGCUGGAAUAGCUGCGAAACGAGCGGAGCUAGCAGCCAAGGCGGCUGAAUCGGAGAGGAUGGGUCAGCUGGAAGAGCAAGUGAGGGACGGGGAGGAGCGAGUGAGGGAGAGAGAGGAGGAGGUGAGGAGGCUUGAGGAGAGAGUGAGGGAGGUGGAAGGGGAGAUGGAGGAGUUGUCGGUGCAGGUGAGUGCGUUGAGAGGGGAGGUGGAGGCGAAGGAGGGGGAGAGGGAGGAGGUCGAGAGGAAGGGGAGGAAGAGGGAAGGGAGGGUGAGGGAAUUGGAGGAGGAGAUUGGGAGGAGAGAGAAGAGGGAGAGAGAGAUGGAGGAGGAAUUGGGUGUGAGGGAGAGGAGGAUUGGGGAGCUUGAGGGGUUGAUGAGGGAGAGGGUGAGGGAGGUGGAGGGGAAGGAGAGGGAGAGGGAGGAGAUAGAGAGGGAAAUGGAAGGAUUGAAGGGAGAGAGGGAGGAAUGGCAGAGGGAGAAAGAGGAAUUGGAAAGGCAGAUUGAUGGAUUGCGGAGGGAGAAGGAGGAGUUGAAUGGGGAACUGGAACGGUUGAAAGGAGCAUUGGAAGGUGUGAAGGGCGAGAAGGAGGAAUUGGAGAGGCAGAUUGAGGUGAUGCGGAGGGAGAAGGAGGAAGUGAAAGAGGAGUUAGAGCGACUGAAAGAAGAGCUGGAAAGUGUGAAGAGGGAGAGGGAGGCAAGGCUGCAAGCAAGCCAGGCAGAGGUGAGGGGGGAGAAGGAGAAGCGGUCGAUGCUGGAGGAGAGGGCGCAGUUGCUUCAAGACAGAGUCGUGCAGGUGGAAAGGGAGAGGGAAGAGACGUCAGGUCAGUUGGAGGAGAGGACACGCGAGCUGGAGGAAAAGAGAGAAACGGUGGGGCAGCUGGAGAAGACAGUGAAUGAAUUGGAGGAGAGGGUGCAGUCGCUGCAAGACAAGGUGGUGCAGGUGGAAGGGGAGAGGGAAGAGACGGUAGGUCAGUUGGAGGAGAGGACACGCGAGCUGGAGGAGAAGAAGGAAAUGGUGGGACAGCUGGAGAAGACAGUGAGGGGACUGAAUGAGCGGUUGCAGAUGCUUGAAGACAGGGUACGGCAGGUGGAAGGGGAGAGGGCGGAAACGGUAGCGCAGCUGAAGAAGACCGUGUGUGAAGUGGAGGAGAGGAAAGAGAGAGUGUGUGAGCUGGAGAAGAAAGUUUUUGAGCUGGAAGAGAAGGUGCAGUUUGUGCAAGAGGAGAGGAAGGAGGUGGUGGGGCAGCUGGGAAAUAAAAUAUUUGAAUUGGAGGCGAAGAAAGAGAGAGUGUGCGAGCUGGAGACGAGUGCUUGUGAGCUGGAGAAGAGAGUCUGUGAGCUGGAAGAGACGGUGCGGUGCCUGCAAGAGGGGAGGAAGGAGGUGGUGGGGCAGCUGGAGGAGAGGGUCCGCGAGGUGCAGGAGAAGAACGAGAGGGUGUGUCAGUUGGAGAAGGAAGUAUUUGAGCUGGAGGAGAGGGCGAAUUCCCUGCAAGAGGAGAGGAAGGAGGUGGUUUACCAGCUGGGAAAUACGAAAUUUGAACUGGAGGCGAGGAAAGAGAGAGUGUGCGAGCUGGAGAAGAGGGUUUCUGAGAUGGAGGUAAGGGUACAGUCUGUGCAGGAGGAGCGGAAGCAGGUAGUGUGUGAGCUGGAAAAGAGGGUUUGCGAGCUGCAGGAGAGGAAGGAUGCGGUAUGUCAGUUGGAAAAGAGAGUUUCUGAGCUGGAGGAAAGGGUGCAGUCUGUGCAAGAGGAGAGGAAGGAGGUGGUCUACCAGCUGGGAAAUACGAAAUUUGAGCUGGAGGCGAGGAAAGAGAGGGUGGUUGAGUUGGCGAAGGAGGAGGUCGUUUCACGGGCGAGAAUCGCUGAACUGGAGAACAGGGAGACUGUUCUGCAGGCGAGAUUAGUAGAGGUGGAGUUGGAGAGGGAGGUGGAGGAGAAGGAGGGUGCUUUGCAGGCGAGAGUUGCUGAACUGGAGAACAGGGAGACUGUUCUGCAGGCGAGAUUAAUAGAGGUGGAGAAGCAGGGGGGUGUCUUACAGGCGAGAGCGGUCGAGUUGGAAAGGCAGGAGGUUGCUUCACAGGCGGCGUUAGCAGAACUGAAGGAGAAAAGGGAUAUUUUGGAGGCGAAAGUGGUUGAGAUGGAAACGAAGGAGGUUGCUUCACAGGCGGCGUUAGCAGAACUGAAGGAGAAGGGAGAUGUUUUACAGGCGAGAGUGGUUGAGCUGGAGAAGCAGGUGGAGGAGGGAAGGGAGGAGGUGGAGCGAGGGAGGGAGGAGGUUGAGAGGGUGAAGCGAGAGAGGGAGGAGGCGAGGGAGAGAGUGUGGGUGGUGGAGAAAGAAAGGGAGAUAGGGGAGGAGGUGUUGGUGGGGUGGAAGAGGGAGGUGGAGGAGAAAGAAGGGGCGGUGGUGGGGUUGAGGGGCGAGUUGACGGAGAAGGAAGAGGCUUUGAAGGAGCUGGAAGCGGUGUUGGUGGGUGUGAGGGGAGAGUUGACGGAGAAAGAAGAGGCUUUGAAGGAGCUGGAAGCGGUGUUGGUGGGUGUGAGGGGAGAGUUGAAGGAGAAGGAAGAGGCUUUGAAGGAGUUGGAAGGGGUGGUGGUGGGUGUGAGGAGGGAGUUAAAGGAGAAGGAAGAGGUUUUGAAGGAGCUGGAAGGGGUGGUGGUGGGUCUGAAGGGAGAGUUAACGGAGAAGAAGGAGAUUCUGAAGGGAUUGCAGAGUGAAGUGAAGGAGAAAGAAAGUGAGGUGGCGAGUCUGAUCAGGGAGUUGAAAGUAAAGGAGGAGAAUCUGGAGGAGCUGAAGGGGAAGUUGGAGGAGUUGGAAGGGGUGAUGGUGGAGUUGAGGGGCGAAGCGAAGGGGAAGGAAGGCGAGGUGGCGAAGUUGGUGCGAGGAAUGGAGGAGAAGGAUGCGGCUGUGAAGCGGUUGACGGGGGAGGUAGAGGGGUUGAAAAGGAAUUUGGAGGAGUCUAACGGGGAGAGUGCACGGUUGAUAGGGGAGCUGCGAACGGCACUGGGGGAGAGGGAGGAUGAGUUGAGGGCAGUUGAGGAUGAGAGGAAAGGCGUGCAGGCCGAAUUGGAAUGGAAGGAGGGAGAGUUGAGGGCUGUUGAGGAGGAGAGGAAAGGCGUGCAAGCAGCAUUGCAACAGAAGGAGGGCGAGUUGAAGGCCGUGGAGGAUGAGAAGAAAGGCGUGCAGGCAGAAUUGGAGUGGAAGGAGAGGGAGUUGAGGGCUGUUGAGGAGGAGAGGAAAGGAUUGCAGACAGAAUUAGAACGAAAGGAGGGCAAGUUGAGGGCAGUAGAGGAGGAAAGAAAGGGCGUGCAGGCAGAACUAGAACGAAAGGAGGGCGAGUUGAGGGCAAUGGAGGAUGAGAGGAAGGGCAUGCAGGCAGAAUUAGAUUGGAAGGAGGGAGAGUUGAGGGCUGUAAAGGAGGAGAGGAAUGGCCUGCAGGCAGCAUUGGGGGAGAGGGAGGGCGAGUUGAGGACAGCUGAGGAUGAGAGUAAAGGCGUGCAGGCAGAGUUGGAAUUGAAGGAGGGCGAGUUGAGGGCAAUGGAAAAGAGUCUGGAGGACAAAGAGAAGAAAGUUCUGCUCUUGACUGAGGCAGUGAGCAGCAAGCAGCAGGAGAUCAAAGUGUUGAAGGGAGAUAUGGAGGUGUUGAGAGAGGAAAGUGCAGUGAUGCGAGGUAAGGCUGGCGAGGUGUUGAGAGAGGCGAGGGAGAAGGUGACAGCGCUGGAAGCACAGAUGAGCGGAAAGCAGCAAGAGAUUAAAGUGUUGAAGGGAGAGAUGGAAGUGUUGAGAGAGGAAAGCGCAGUGAUGCAAGAAAAGGCUGGUGAGACGUUGAGAGAGGCGAGGGAGCAGGUGGCAGUGCUGGAAGCACAGAUGGGGGAGGGGAGGAGGCAGUUGGAGGAGAGUGUUGAGGAGGGUCGAAAGGCGAUGGAGCAGGUGGCAGCGCUACAGGCACAGGUGGAGGAGGGGAGGCGGCAAUUGGUGGAGAAGAGGCAGCAGUUGGAGGAGGCUCGAGCGGAGGUUCGAAAGGAGAGGGAGCAGGUAACAGCGCUGGAAGCACAGGUGGAUGAGGGGAGGCGGCAACUGGAGGAAGGAAGGCAGCAGCUGAAGGAGGCUCUUGAUGAUCUCCGAAAGGAGAGGGAGGAGAUGCAGGUGGGACGUGCACGUUUGGCGGAAAAGGAGGGUACUGUGCGGGAGAAAGAGGCGAUGGUGUUGGUGCGUGAUGCAAAGAUUCUGGUGCUGGAAUCGGCAGUGGAAGGGAAGGGCCGGCAGGUGUAUGCACUGCAGGGCGAGGUGGAAGAGAGGGUGAGGCGAGCUAGUGGGCUGCAGGCGAGAGUGGAUGAGAAGGAAGGACAAAUAUCCUCGUUGCAAGCUGAGUUGGAAGAGAGGGCGAGGGAAGUGAGUGGGCUGCAGGCGAGAGUGGAGGAGAGGGAGGGGCAGGCAUCCUCGUUACAAGCAGAGGUGGAAGAAAAGGUAAGGGAGGUGAGUGGGCUGAGGGCGAGUGUGCAGGAGAAGGAAGGACAAUUAUCCUCGUUACAAGCUGAGUUGGAAGAAAGGGUGAGGGAAGUGAGUGGGCUGCAGGCGAGGGUGGAGGAGAGGGAGGGGCAGGUAUCCUCGCUACAAGCUGAGCUGGAAGAUGGGGUGAGGCAAAUGGGAGUGUUACAGGCAAGUGUGCAGGAGAAGGAGGAGCAGGUAUCCUCGUUACAAGCUGAGUUGGAAGAGAAGGUGCGGCAGGUGAGUGGGCUGCAGGCGAGUGUGCAGGAGAAGGAAGGACAAAUAUCCUCGUUACAAGCCGAGAUAGACGAGAGUUUGAAGCAAUUGGGGGUGCUGCGGGCGAGUGUGAAGGAGGAAGAGGAGCAGGUAUCCUCGUUACAGGGUCAGUUGGAGGAGAGGGUGAGGCAAGUGAGUGGGUUGCAGGUGAGUGUGGAGGAGAAAGAGGUGGUGAUAUCCUCGUUACAGGCAGAGAUGGAGGAGAGGGUGAAGCAAAUGGGGGUGCUGCAGGCGAGUGUGCAGGAGAAGGAGGAGCAGGUAUCCUCGUUACAAGCUCAAUUAGAAGAGAGGGUUAAGCAGAUGGGAGUGCUGCAGGCAAGUCUGCAGGAGAAGGAGGAGCAGGUAUCCUCGUUACAGGCUGACUUGGAAGAAAGCGUGAUGCAAAUGGGGGCGCUACAGGCAAGUGUGCAAGAGAAGGAAGGCCAGAUAUCUUUGUUACAAGCUGAUAAGGAAGAGCAGUUGAGGCAAAUGGGGGUGUUGCAGGCGAGUGUGGGUGAGAAGGAGGAGCAGGUAUCCUCGUUACAAGCUGAGUUGGAAGAGAGGGCGAAGGACGUUGGGACUCUUCAAAAAAGUGUUCAGGAAAGGGAGAAGCAGGUAUCCUCGUUACAGGAUGAUUUGGAAGAGAAGGUGCGGCAAAUGGGGGCACUACAGGCGAGUGUGGAUGAGAAGGAGGAGCAGGUAUCCUCGUUACAAGCAGGUGUAGGAGAGAAAGAGCAGCAGGUGAAAGUGCUGGAGAGCCAAGUGGAAGAGAGUGUGAUGCAAGCUGCUGCGUUACAAGCAGGAGUAGAAGAGAGGGAGAAGCAGAUAUCCUUGUUACAAGCAGGAGUAGAGGAGAGGGAAAGGCAGAUGUCCGCGUUACAAGCAGUAGUUGAAGAAAGGGAUAAGCAACUAUUUGCGUUACAAGCAGGAGUUGAGGAGAGGGAACAGCAGAUAUCCGUGUUGCAAGCAGGAGUGAAAGAGAAGGAGCAGCAGGUAUUGGCUCUUGUGCAAGAGAAGGAACAGCAAAUACUGAUGGUGCAGAGAGAGAGGGAAGAGUGGGAAGAGGCUAGAGGGAGGAUGGCAGCGAGUGGGAAAGAAGCGGUGGAGAGGAGUGAGAGGGAGAUUGCUGCGAGGGCCGAGGAAGUUGCCCUGCUGCAGAAGGAGAAAACAGAGGUGUUGAGAGUGGUUGAAGAGCUGGAGGCGAGGGUGAGGGAGAGAGAGAUGGAUGUUGCGCGUGAGAAAGAGGCAGUGGAGAGGAGUGAGAGGGAGAUAGCUGCGAGGGUUGAGGAAGUUGCACGUCUGCAGAAGGAGAAAACAGAGGUGUUGAGAGCGGUUGAAGAGCUGGAGGUGAGGGUGAGGGAGAGAGAGAUGGAUGUUGCGCGUGAGAAAGAGGCGGUGGAGAGGAGUGAGAGGGAGAUAGCUGCGAGGGUUGAGGAAGUUGCACGUCUGCAGAAGGAGAAAACAGAGGUGUUGAGAGCGGUUGAAGAGCUGGAGGUGAGGGUGAGGGAGAGAGAGAUGGAUGUUGCGCGUGAGAAAGAGGCGGUGGAGAGGAGUGAGAGGGAGAUAGCUGCGAGGGUUGAGGAAGUUGCACGUCUGCAGAAGGAGAAAACAGAGGUGUUGAGAGUGGUUGAAGAGCUGGAGGUGAGGAUGAGAGAUAGGGAGGAGAAGGAGCAACAGGUGGUCGCAGCGCUGCAGGCGUGUGUGCAAGAGAAGGAGCAGCAGAUAGCGGGGCUGCAGAGAGAUAAGGAAGAGAUGCUGAGAGCGGUUGAAGUGUUGGAGGUUAAGGUGAGGGAUGGAGAGGAGAAGGAGCAACAGGUGGUAGCGCUGCAGGCGUGUGUGCAAGAGAAGGAGCAGCAGAUAGCGGUGCUGCAGAGAGAGAGGGCGGAAUGGGAGGAGAGAGUGGGAGUGGUGCAGUGUGAAAUGGAGGGGAAAGUGAGGGAGAUGGAGGGGCUAGUUGCUGAGGUGGAACGACUGGCUGGUGAGGUGGAAUGGCUCUAUGCUGAGCUGGAAAAGGAGCGCAAGCCGAGGCGUGGCUUGGAUGCUGAGCUGGCACGUGUGGUUAAAGCGAAGGAGAGUCUACAAAAGGAGGUGGCGGGUUUGAAAGAGAGAGUGAGGGAGAUUGAAAGGGAGAGUGUGAAGACGAGAAAAGAGGGAGAGAGGGAGAGGAUGAGGUUGAGCAAGGAGUGUGAGAGUGAGCGUGUGAAAAACGUGAAAGCGAGUGAGGAGCUGAGUGAAAGAGUGCAGGAGCUUUCUGCAUUGAAGACAGAGAGGGAAGGGCUUGUGAGAGAGUGCAAGGAAUUGAAGGAAGAAGCAAGGAAGCUGCGAGAGAGAGUGCAGGUUCUUACUACUGAAGGGGAGGUGUUAUCUGAGAGGGUUGGGGCUGCAGAGAGGAGGGUGGAGGAGGAGAGGGGGAGGAGGGAGGAGGUGGAGAGAGAGAGGGAGAGUGUGAGGGAGGAGCUGGAGGAGGGGUUGAGGGGAGUGAGGGAGAUGGGGGGGAGAGUGGAGGAGAUGGAAGGGGAAGUGAGUGUGCUACAGAGACAGAUGGAAAAGGCUGAGGAGAGGAGAGAGGAGGCUGAGAGGGAAAGGGGUAAUGUAGAGAGGGAUAUGGAGAUGUUAGUCAAGCGGUUGAGAGAGGAGGAGAGGAGUCUGAGGGAGGGAGAGGAGGAGGUGGAGCGAGUGAGAAAGAGAAUGGAGGAGGUGGAGAGGGAGUGGGGGGAGAGUGAGGGGGAGAGGAUGAGGUUGAUGAGGGAGGUGGGUGGUCUGGAGGAGAGAGUGAGGGAGCGAGAGGAGGAGUUGGAAGGGGUGAGGAGGGAGAGGGAUGGGUGGAGAGGGGUGCUGGUUAGACUGAAAGAGAGUCUAGCAAAGGAAGGAGCAGGACAAGGGGUAAGGGUGCAAGUGGUUAAAGAGGAGGUGGGGAGAGAGGAGGGGCAAGGCGAAGCAGUGAGGAGACAGAUGGAGGAGGAGAUUACAGCGCUUGUCCAGUCUAAUGCUGACGCAGCGAGGGCUGAUGUUGACAUGGCAAGGGCUGAUGCUGACGCUGCGAGGGCGGAGGCUGACGCCGCAAGAGCUGAUGCUGACGUGGUCAACAAAAGGCUCCAGGAGGCUGUAGCAGAAGCUGAAGCUGCACGGAAGGCAGCUGUAGCAGCUGAAGCUGCAAGGAUGGUGGCUGUAGCAGAGAGUGAAGCUGCGAGGAAGGCGGCUGUUGCAGAAACGGAAGCUGCACGAGAGGAGGUUGUAGCGCUGGAGGAGGAGGUAGAGAGAAUGAGGGAGGGAGUGGGGGAUCGAGUGAGGGAGUUGGAGGUGGAGAUUGAGGGAGUGAGUGAGAGGCUUGGGAAGGCUGAGAAGGAGGUGAGGGAGAAGGAGAGGGAGGUGAAGAGGCAGAGGGAGGAGCUAAGAGUAAAAGAGGAGGAGCUGGAAGUGAGGUGCAAAGAGGUACAAGAGAAGGGCAAAAAGGUCGAGGAACUGAUGGGUGUUGUGGAAGAAACGAAGAUGAUUGUAUUGAGGAAAGAGGAGGAGUUAAAAAUGAGGGGCAAGGAGGUAGAGAAGAGGAGCAAAGAGGUUGAGAGACUGAUGGGGAUUGUGGGAGAAACGAAGAUGCUUUUAGCGAGGAAAGAGGAGGAGUUGGAAGUGAGGGGCAAAGAGGUGAAUGAGUUGACAGGGCUUGUGGAAGAAGCGAAGAUGCUUGUAGCGAGGACAGAGGAGGAGGGCAGGAUGGCACGAAUAGUGCUGGAAGGAACAGUGGUUAGCUUAAAAGAGGAGAUAGAGAGGGUUGCAGGAGAGGGGUUGGAAGCGGUGGAGAGGGUUAGAGAGGAGGGUAGGGAGGAAGUGGAGAGGGCUAGGGAGGAGGGUAGGGAGGAGAUUGAGAGGGUUAGGGAGGAGGGUAACGAGGAGGUUGAGAGAGUGAGGCAGCAGGCUUGGAAACAGGUGUCGGAGGCUUGGCAAAAGGCUCGGGAGGAGGUGGAACUGGUUAGGGAGCAGCUGGAGCAGGUUCGGGAGCAGCUCCGGAGGGAGGUGGUAUCCAGACAGGUGGAGACUGAACAGAGGGUUGUGGCUGAGGGGAGGUUGCGGGAGAUUGAGGAGAGAGUGAGGGAGAUGGAGAGGGAGAGUAGGGAGGUGGAAGGGGAGGUUGAGAGAGUGAGGAGGGAGUGGGAGGAGAAGGAGAGGGAGAUGAGGAGAGAGUGGGAGGAGAAGAGGUGUGGGAUGGAAGUGCUGGUGAGUCAGAUUGAGGAGAUGUGGAAGGGAAGAGUGGAGGAAGGGGAGAGGGAGAGGGAAAGGGAGAGAGAGAGGAGGGAGGCGGAGUGGGUGGAGGAGAGGAGAAGGUUGGCUGAGGAAGUUGAUAGGGAGAGGGAGAGAGUGAGGGAAGAGGGGGAGAAAGAGGGUGAGAGAGUGAGGAAAGAGGUGGAACAAGAGAGGGAGAGAGCUCUGGCAGAUGUGGACAGGGAGAGGGAGGAAGUGAGGGAGCAGAGGGAGAGAGUGAGGGAGGAGAGGGAGAGAGUGAGGGAGGAGAGGGAGAGAGUCAGGGAGGAGGUGGAGCGAGAGAAGGAGGAAGUGAGAAAUCAACUGGAAAUGGAGAGGAAGAGGUUAAUGGAUGAUUUGGAGGAAAGAGAGAGAAAGUUGAAAGAGGCUGAGGAGAAGUGGAAGGAGGGGAGGAUGGAGGAAGAGAAAUCGGAGGAAACCGUAGGGGAGGAGGUGGGGACGAAUCGGGGGAAAGAGGAGGGGAAGGAGGGCGAGGAGAGAGAAGAUGAAGUGGUGGCGAAGCAAGGAGGUGACGAGGAGGAUAGAGGAGAGGUGGCAGCAAGAGAACGGGCAGAGAAGGAGUGGAGGGAGCGAGAGAGGGAAUGGCAAGCGAGAGAGGAGGAGUGGGGGAGGAGGACGGUGGAGUGGAUAGGGAGAGUGAAGGCGCUGGGUGCUCAGUGGAAGGGAGUGGUGCAGCGAGAGAGGCGAGCGAGAGUGAUGGAGCAGCGGGCCAGAUUGGAGGAGAGGAAGGCGAGAGAGGAGGAGAGCAGAGCUAGGGAGGAGGAGGAGAGGAGGCAAGGAAGUGAAGUGUGUGUGAUAGGCAAGGAGCAAGUGAGGGAGCUAGGGUCGUAUAUCACCAGCAUGGAGUUCGUCUGUGGAAGGUUCCAGCGUGCUCUAGCGGCCAAGGCGCAGCAGCUACAGGAGGAGCGGCAGCGGGUGGAAGGGAUAGUAGAGCAGGCAGCACGGGAGAGGGCUGCGCGGGACGCUGCACUGAAGACGCUUAUAACGGGGAUGGAGAAACGCGAUUUUGCGGCGAGUGAGCCGUAUGCAUCAGUGGACGCGGCAGCAGCUGAGGCCUUCGCAUGGCACGACUCCCAGCUAGAGGCCUUGACCCGCCGUGCUGCUCACAUGCUGCAUGCCGGCUCGGAAGCACCCACCGCAGCUGCUGGAACGACGCCACACCUCUCUGCAUCCACCCCUUCGCUGUACAUGGACACGGAGCAGGGUACGACAGAGAGAGCAGGACCAGCAGCCCAAUCAGAGACCAGUGGAAGCAGCCCCGAGCAGAGGCGUGCCACGAAUCGAUUUAGCCCGAGCAAGCAAGGGAGCCCAAGCCCGGCGCACAAGGGCGGCGGCACUGUCAUUCCUCACGACGCCACCCUCCCCUCGGGCCUGUGGGAUUUCUUCGCAGGCACAUCAGCAGGCCCACCGCUGCCGCUGUCAACAGUGGCUGACUGGGGGGUGGCGGGGAGGCGGCAGCACAAGUGGAUGGUGGAUGGCGUGUGGAUGGAGGUGUCUAGAAAGGAGUACGAGACCAUGCGUCAGACCCUGGCAGAGCAGCAGAAUCAACUGGCAACACUGGAGCAGUUACGGGCUGAUAAGGUCUGGAUGGAGGCUGCCUUGGCGCAAUUCAUAGAGCUCAAGAGGAAAUACGAGACGGAAAACGAAAGCCUACUGUCAAAGAUCGCCAGUUAUGAGUAA